GCAGCCAUAUAACUCGCUACUCCUGGCUCCUCCUCUACCUUCAACAACUGAACUGACCUGACAUUCAGUAACCACAAAGAGAUCCCAAAGCUAAGCUCACCAUCAAGACCAUGUCGUCCCUUAGGUUCUUCCGCGACCACCCCGCCGCCCGCCGGCCCCACCACUUCCUCGACGCCUGCUUCCUCUGCAAGAAGCCCAUCGCCCGGAACGAGGACAUCUUCAUGUACAGAGGGGACACUCCUUUCUGCAGCAGGGAAUGCCGGUGGGAGCAGAUGGACAUGGACGAAGCUCUCGAGAACGAUCGAGUGAACUCGUCGCCAUUGUCGACGUCGUCGUUGCCUAUGAAAAGGAAGCCGACCUUGAUCGGUGUUCCUUCUAACUGUGAGGAGAAGAACUGCUUCAGGGCCGAUGCUACUGCAGUUGUCGCUGGCUAACUACUUGAUCAGAAAUGAAGGAAUCGAUCGAGGACUCUUGGAUCAUGUUUGAUGUGCACCAGAGGAGUUUCUUGUUAAAGAAAAAAAAAAAUUAAAAUCAUGCGUUUCUUGACAAUUUUUUUUGUCAGGAACUGGUUUUCUUCAAGCCGUCGAGGGUGAUUCGCUAAUUAAUCAUUAAUCACUAUUUGUUCAUGAUGGAUGUGAAUAUGAUGUACCGCGACCGUUUGAAAUGUAAAUGGAAGGAGUUUCAGAAUUUAGUUUAACGUUCGGAGUCUUAUUAUUGUAACAGGUGAUUAAGUUUGAUGGUGUGAAAAGUGAUAAAUUAUGAAAUCAAUUUAUAGUGGAUCAUCAAA